AUUCUAUUGAUUUAACCUAAACAGGCGAUAUUAUUAUUAUUAUUAUUAUUAUAUUUUAUACAUUUCAAACACUUCAAGAUGGAUCAAGACGGUGUUGUGGUGGUUCAUGAAGACACACAUGAGCCACUGAAAGAAGAAGAACUGGACCGACAUCAAACUGAAGCUCGCGCUUUGGAGAUAAAAGUCACCAAAAAGAUUGCGGAGCUCAAACGCGCGAAAGAGGAGCAGUCUCUUUUGUUUGAGCUACAGGCGAUGAACAAAAUGAUUAUCAAGAGGAAAGAAAACCCCGAUAUUUCAAAUCAGAACAGCUUUAAAAUUUCGACUGAAACACUCACUACACUCAGGACACUGGAGGAUACGCUUAAGGCUGAAGAAAAAAUGACACUGGAACUAAAAAAGGUGUCUAAUGUGGUCUCUCAGCAAUUGGUAGACAUAGAGAAAGCGUUGGAAGGGCAAAGCAGUAAGUUGGUUUCAGCUAAGCGUUGGGCUCGCUUGGACGUUGCUGCAAAAUACAUUCCUUCUGGCGACAGCGCUGCAGUUGACUUUAAAGAUCGAAAGACUACACUUGCAGAGCUUCACAAAAAGCAGAAGAUGUUGAAUGAUACAUCGGAUCGCCAUACAAAGGAAAUCGAGCAGCUUGAGUCUCAAUUGGCUGAGCGAACAUCCAUCGAAGAGCAGAUUGCUGCGGCCGAGGCAGAGUUGAAGGAAAAAAAUGAUGAGUAUGAUUCUCUGAACCUGAAGGUUUUAUCUUAUGAGCGCCUAAGGAAGAAAAAGGAGCGGGUGUUGGACAAAUCAAGAGUCGAAGAUAACUUCAGGGCAUUUCGCCACAUGGAUUAUACUAAACGAUCCCUGCUAAAUUACCUGUCGAAGCUUCGUGAAUCGAGUGCACACAACAUCAAAUCCAUUAUCUCGAUGGAAAUGCGUCUUCGCCAACUGGAGGCCCGCUUGGAGGCUGCUAAUUCGUUUUUGAAACAAGCGUUUGCGGAUAUUAAAAAUGAUCCACCCAUGACCGGUGUUGCCAAUGAUGCAACUGAGGUACCUCUAAUUGCGUUUGAGGAGCUAAGUCGCGAACUUGUACUCUCUCGUGAAACAAUUGUCCAGCGCGAUGAGCAGCUUGAUACCUAUGACACCAAAAUAGAGGAGUUGGAGAAGAAGAUGAUCGUAAUUCGAAAAGCCAUCGCGUCGCGUGCUGUUUCGUCUGAAUUGCAAAAUCAGAAAAAGGAACUCACCAUCGGGUCCUUAAUGAACAAAGCGAACUGUCUGAGUAAGGAUUUCGAUAAUGAGUGUUUUCGUUUGACUAAGGAAAACGAGAACUUGCGAAGUCAGCUUGCUACUAUGCACAGGUGAUACGUUUGAAUUCAAUGAUAACAUUCAUCAGGUAAAAGAACUCCUAUAUUAGCGAUAUAAGCUUAUUUAUAUUUUUAGGCAAUUAUGUCAAUAUGGGCAAAGGACGUGUCUUUGUGUUCUCAUUUUUAAACGUCUUUUUUAUUUUUCUAGUAUGCAACUUCCAAUGGAAGGUCGGUAAAGAAUUAUAUUUCACGUCGUUGAGCUUCAAGUAUAUAGUUUUCAGUUAUAAGCAUGUGGGUGUGGGUGUAUUUUAUUCCAGACAAUGUUAUUAUUUUUAUCUUUGUAGUUUUUUUUUGUGUGGAAGUAAAAACGCAUUUUUCAUAUGGAAUAUAUCUAAGUGAUUGUGUUUAUUCCCCUAUACCUGAAUCACAUAGUGCAUUUAAUGAUCUUUCAGUGGAACUUUAUGAAUGGUUUGUAAUCGUUGAAUGACUCUCUACUGUACUCAUAAUAAACGCUCAUAAUAGACAUCAGAAUUUGUAAAUUUUCAAGGGAAAUUAACAACACUACUUAUAUACGCAACAUUUGAAUUUAUUUGUAAGAUUACUUUUGGCGUAUAGUAUUUGCAUUUAAUUUAAGACAAAGAUAUAUGAUAUCACUUGUGGAGGAAGUCAAGGCAAAUUAUCACUUAGUGGUGUCACCAGAGUAUGUAUUAAAGGCAAAAGUAUUGAGGGAUGAAUAAAAUGCGGCCGAUAUCCUUCAUAUGGCAUUAAUCACGGACAUUAAAAAAAUAAACCACCCAAGUCCUCUUCUAUUUUAAAUUAGCAUACAAACAAACACUGCUAUUCUUUCCCUUGCCUUUCUUCAGAUCAAAAGCGCACGUGAUGCUACGCAACCGUUAGGCCCUAGUAUAGAACCUGCCGAUGAGGAGGAUAUCUUUAAUCUGACUUCUCAAAGGACUACAAAUAAUCAUUCACUUCGAUUCAUCUUAACUGAUAGAUACACAAAUGUUCCUACCAUUGAGUUAUCCACUCUUGGUAUACUUGGGUGUAUUCCUGAUCCAGUAGAGAGAAUUAACAUCAACGCCACCUCCAAAGUGCUCAACAGGUCUAUUAUCAUGGCUGAGGAUAGCGUUAUCCUACACAAUGGUGAAGUCAAAGAAUUUGAGCAGGAAUAACGGGACCAGCGGAAACGUGUGAACGUGGGAUCCCAACUAAAGAAGAAAUAAAAAAGUGUACCAUGUUUUAUUACACUAUAGACCUAAUACCAAUUCAAGGGCUAUAACUACCAUUAACUUGGUGCGCCCUACGGUCAUCACUAUCUUUGAGUAAUCGUUAGCAACCUUAAUGGGGUAGACAUUUUAGUACUACGGGUGGUAAAAAUAAACUGAACUAGAGAUCUUCUUUCCAUCGGAAAGUAAAUCAAAAUAGGUCUUAACAAUUGGUGUGCAUUGUUUCAUUCUUCUUUCCAGCCCAAAAGGGAUAAUCGCGGAGGCCUUGGCAGUUUAUGAAAUGUCAAGACAAAUGUGAAUUUGAUUCGUAGUUAUGGAUUGUUUUUUGUGGUUGUGAAGGAGGAAACAGGGGAAACUAUCCAUUUUUUUCAUAGGAUACUUUUUUAUUGUUACCUUCUUACACGCAAAGACAUUUUAACUGAAUAUGAUUGCUUGGCCUUAUGGACUUCUUUUUGGAGCAGAUGGAAAGUUGUAUUUAGCGUCUUAAAUUUUUUUCAAUCUUCUGAUUUUAUUUUGUAACGAUAUAUCUAAACGAACUCUUUUAGAACCAGUAAUUUGAUAUAUUUCAGAUCACGCCAAAUUUUUAAAAGCGUGACGCAUGAUUGAAGUCUUAACCAUAAUUAUCAAAAGUUUGUAGUGAAAGGGCAAUUAUCUUCCUUCAAAGUCAUGUGAAACUGUUCUUGUAAAGAGAAAGUGAAAAAAUAUAUAUAAUAAUUUCUUGCUUCAUUUCUAGUAUAGUGUUGUAUGGAGUUGUAACACUUGAAAUUUUGAAUGAAAAUGCUUUCAAAACGUGUUUGGUUCUUGCUAUGAAGCCUUCAUUCUUUUUACUUGCAUCUCGAUGGCUAUCUCUUUUCAGAGCUUUGCCCCUGAUUUUUUUUACAGUGGCCAUAGUCUAGUACCCUGUAUCAUUGAAUAAAAGGUUGCAUGUACUUGUUUCCUUCCUACAAUCUGGAGUCCUGAAUCAUGAGCACGUUAGCAUGGACAGCUUCAUUUGGGCGUAGUCAACCAAUUUAUAUGAAAUAAUUGUGCUAUUACAUUCUGUACAAAUGAUCCAGCUUCCUGCAAGGAGGGUAUGCCGAUAUAAGUUUUGGACUUGGUAAGACACCGUACACAGGAGGGGGAAAAAUAUUUCCUGUAUUUUUUUUAUUUUAAAUAAGGAUAAAAAAGAAGAGUUAACAAGUCGAUUUAAAUAAGGUAUACUUAUUUUCAGUUAGUAUUAUCUCCUUGAAGGAUAAAAACUUAUAGUUUUUGAAAGAAAAGAAACGCAAAUGGAAAAUAUUGUGACUUGAUUCCU